AUGAUGAUUUUUGAAGAUACAUACACACUAAAGGUGAAGCCAGGCAAGACAUACCUGCUGAGGCUAAUCAAUGCUGCACUCAACGAUGAGCUCUUCUUUAGCAUAGCCAAUCACACCCUAACUGUGGUUGAAGCAGAUGCUAAAUACACCAAACCAUUUGAUACAGAUACACUCCUCAUAGCCCCUGGACAAACCACAAAUGUUCUUCUCAAAACCAAGCCAUAUUUUCCCAAUGCCACAUACCAAAUGGCUGCUAGACCUUAUUUCACAGGCCGUGGCACAUUUGACAACUCCACAACUGCUGGUAUCCUCCUUUACAAACAACCUUUGAACCAUUCUUCUCUCAAAAAUCUUACCCUUCUCAAACCAACUUUGCCACCCAUAAAUGCCACAAACAUUGUAGCAAACUUCACAGGAAAAUUCAGAAGCUUGGCCAAUGCUAAAUUCCCUGCCAAUGUACCCCAAAAAGUGGACAGGAAAUUUUUCUUCACUGUGGGGCUAGGGACUAGUCCUUGCCCCAAAAACACGACAUGCCAAGGGCCAAGCAACAACACAAAGUUUGCAGCCUCAGUGAACAAUAUUUCCUUUGCACUUCCAUCAUCUGUUUCCAUUAUGCAAGCCUACUAUUCUGGACAGUCCAAUGGGGUUUUCAAGACUGAUUUCCCUGCCACCCCUUUGAACCCUUUCAAUUACACAGGAACACCUCCAAACAACACAAUGGUCACUAAUGACACAAAGCUGGUGGUGCUCAAGUUCAACACCAGUGUGGAGGUAGUGUUGCAGGAUACUAAUAUUCUUGGGGCUGAGAGCCAUCCCUUGCAUCUUCAUGGUUAUGACUUCUUUAUUGUGGGGCAAGGUUUUGGAAAUUAUGAUCCCAACAACGACCCUGCAAAAUUUAAUCUGGUUGACCCGGUCGAGAGGAACACAGCUGGUGUUCCUGCUGGUGGCUGGAUUGCUAUUCGAUUUAAAGCAGACAACCCAGGAGUGUGGUUCAUGCACUGUCACCUGGACGUCCACACAAGUUGGGGUUUGAGAAUGGCAUGGCUAGUAUUAGAUGGACCCGGGCCCAACCAGAAGCUGCCACCACCCCCUUCUGAUCUUCCAAAAUGUUGA